UGAGAUCUAAUACUACAACUACGACUACUACGAUUACUACAUCCCUCACGCCACAACCACAUGAGUUCCGGUCCUAAAAAGGCAGGGGUCUACAAUAAUCCCGCGGUGGCUCUUCGGUCUAUUCCAUGAAAUUGAAAUUUUAGUCCUUAUGGCGCACGUUAGAUUUCAGAGAGAUGCCUCCAAUCUGCCUGGGCUCUGAAGUGCGAGAUUUUUAGUGAUUUAGUCUGCUCUUGACGUACGACGUCUUUCUUUCUUCCGUCGGGGUGCUUUAAUUCUUGACGAUCGCUUUGGGUUUCUUUUCGUGCUGCUCAAGUCUACGUAUGUAUGAUGACUUCAAAAACUUCGGGGCUUGGUGCAUCUCGACCCUCGUUUGCAAAAAUUGCCGCUAUGGCCGUGCCUCCAAAGCCUCAGAAUGACACAUUUAUUCGUGAUGAAACAGAGAUUCCUGCGGCUGGAGAAUUGAAAAGCCCGCCCAUAUCGCACAUGUCAAGUACCACAUUGCCUAGUCAGUCAGGCCAGGAUGGCCUGACGAAUAUCCCCUUGGAUGGUGUCAUACAGGGUCUUGAGAAUGGUGUAGAGGGUCUGUCAAUAAACCAGCAUGGAUCGGAAGGCUCUGAGUCUUCUGACGAAGGCCGUGCAACUAGGCUACUUCAAAGAGAAGCAUCCUUUGACGACGACCAGACACAUUUGUCAAACAGUUCUACAAAACCUACCAGCUUCGACUCAAAGAGCAUGGUUUCCGUAACUACUUUUGCGAUGGACGAAAAAGACUCUCUCCGCCCAGACGAUAGUGCAAGUGUCCAGGCAGCAGACGAAGACGAAUCUCUUCCCGGCGCAGCUUCUGGAGCCACCAAUUCCCUUGCUGGCUCAGAGGCUGGGGCUCGAGGUUUUCGAGACCAAUUCAGAGAGGGAAAUCCUUAUAAAAUCCGGGGCCUCGUACCGACAUCCAUACAGCGCUUUCCUGACGGAGAUAUUCGUGUUGCAGGCACUAUUCCUCCGGACUCAGUGUCCAACAAUUUUGUAGUACCUACUCAAGCUGAUUUUCAAUCUGAACAAAUUUUCAAUGGCUAUCCAUUAGAGCCAGAUGAAAAACUUCUGGAGGCUAUGAGUUCGCCUAAAGAUCGUCUUUUACUGCUGCAACUGGAGGAGAAGAUCCGCAACUUCAUUCAAGAUUCGAAAGAACAAUCGUUAGAAUUACCGCCUUCAAAUGCAUUUGGCCGUCUCCUUGCCCACAAAUUGGGUGAUUAUUAUCACUUGACACAUUUUGUGGAUAACAAUGCCACUUCCGUUCGGCUUCAUCGUACGCCAUUUUGUAGACUUCCAACCCCAUUAUCAUUCCUACGGCCUGUCAACCCAAUCCACACACCUUCACCGAACGCCCCCGCUAUGAAAAUCAUGCGUCGUAAUGAUCAGGGCGCUGAACGGCCGUCAGCUGGUGGCAGCACUGCAGCUAGUUCUUCGGUUCCAUCGAAAACCGCUUCUGAAAGUGGUGGAGAUAGUUUUAAUGAUGAUGAUCAUACUGGUUCAUCUGUUGGAGCUACGCCAGUCAAAGAUCGUUCAGCAAUGACUCGAGAAGAAAGAGCGGCUAAAUAUCAAGAAGUUCGAGAGAGGAUCUUUCGAGAUUUCCCCGAGUCGCAGGCCGAAGAGUCUCCCGGGGGUGAUAUCGGCGCAAAUAUAUCCAGGUCGAGUUCAAGCAGCGGACGCAAGAAAAAUCUUAGACAAAAAACACCGCAUGACGAUAGUUUCCAAGCCAGAUCUCAGUUCAAUGCAUAUUAUCCCGGGAUGCCUUAUACACCAGGCCCAAUGCAAAUGCCCAAUGGAUCAGGUUACAAUCAAUCUCCAUAUAUGGUCGGCCCUGGUGCUUCGCCUCCUGCCAUGAAUUAUCCUCAAAGCACACAUAAUCCAACUGCGUACCAAAAUAUGAACAAUGUACCUCAAUACCAAAUGAACAUGGCUCACAUGGCGCAAGGCAACUCCUGGCAAGCUUCUACAGCGCCCCAGCAGUCACCUUACUCUGGAUACGCUGUCCUCAAUCAGCCUCCGCCCAUGUUAGGUCACGCGCAAACACGGUCCCCUUCGACGAUGAACAAUUUUCCUCUUCCUAAUUUUGCACAAUCUACCCCUACUGCGUCGCCAUCGUGGACUGGCCAGCCAUAUCAAGGCAAUUACUCACAAUCCCCUCAACGCAGUGCACCAAUUCACUGGCAAAACUACUCCGCGCCCUCAAUGGCUACUAACACGAACCCAUACUCCUACGGCCAACCGCCAAAUCAACAUUAUCCCUCUCCUACUCAAAAUAUGGUCAACCACCCGAUACCAGGUAGCUACAAUAGACCUACGUUUAACCCACAAACUCGAUCUUUUGUGCCAGGAGGAAACACUGUGAUGGGUCGAUAUCCUAACAAGGCCAUGCCGCAUACAGCCAACGUUGCAUAUGGCAAUCCUCAACCGGCUAGCCAACAUCAGUGGUCAGGGUAUAUGGAGAGCAAUAGUCAAUCUCUGGCUCAUGUGUCCCCGUUGUUAAGCAACCGAAAUAAUAGCAAUAUCAGUGGCCCGAAUUCUAUGACACGAGUUGCACCAGCUGGAAGCAACGAUUCAAUUGCUAAAUGGGGCACCCCUGCUCAUCUUCCUCCAAAGCCACCACCAUCGGAAGUUCUUUCUGAAUUUGAGUCACCCAAAUCGAGGUCUCUGGGCUAGGGUGUCCUAUUAAUGAUUAUCAUGGCAUUACUGUCUCGGGUGAAACAUACUUGAUUCUGUCUGGAGUCUUGCAAGAUCGGGUGUUUCAUUUCGACUGCAUAUGAUGGAGGGAUUAGUUACAUAGUUUACGAUAGCAUGUCUGGCGUUUGGCAGAACUUGCUGUUGAGCAAACAUAAGGUAGUUCUAUGGCGCUAGCAAGCUCUUCAAUGCGAAACUGUCUUUACAAGGUAAAUCAUUCUUGCAAAGCAGAGUAGAAGUAAUACAUUAAAAAGGAACAGCUAUCGCUCUUAGAAAAAAUGUAGUACAGCUGCACAUAUUGUAUUCG